AUGCCCGCUCGGAACCCCAGAUUACCCGAGUAUCCAAGACCGGUGUCCCCCAUUUGUGCCGAUGAGAUCCCAAUCUGUGAUGAUACAAUCGUCUAUUGCGACCAGAGCCGUGACCUUGAAGAAGAUGAAGAGCAGAGAGCCGCCAAAAGGCGACGGAUUGAGAGCCACGCCACAGCCUAUCUCCGCGGCCAGCCUCUGUUCAUUCUCACAGCCCAACUGAGAGGACCCUUCGACGACGGAUGGACGAAUCCUUGGGCCAAAGAGAAGGUGAAUAAAACGAAGAAGACUGGAACAAAUCAACCGAGCCCCACGCCACCUAGGGAGCCUGCGCGAGGGAAGAAGGAGAACUCUCCGGGUUUGAGGGGGAACCAUGUGGCACAAGUGGCUCCGGACACAAGCAUACAUGUCACAAAGCAACCAAGGGAAAGGUCCUCGGGGCGCAACCAGAGCCCGGUAAUUAGCAGUCUACAGGGGGAAGAGAGUAUCAGUCCACAUCUUGGGAAGGAUGCUGAGCCUCCUAAGAACAACAAGGUGGAAAAUUGGUUGAGGACAAAUGCAGCAUACAAGGAACCAGAGCAUGCACAGCCGAAUUUGCCACCUUCAUCACCCAGUGAUGGCAAGACGAAGAAGUGCGAAUAUCCGAGACCGAACAUCGAACUUCCGGUUCAGGUAGAUGCUGGUGUCAACAUCGCCAGUAAUCAAGUCGUCAUUUCUUGCAGGCCGACAGCAUUGAGGCAAUCCCAAGGAUUUAAGAGCAGCUUUUCAUCGCCCGUCAAACCGCAAACCCCGAAGGUCGGUUCGGGAGCAAGAGACUACUAUACCUCCCCACUAAGCCGCAAGGAUCAAGAUAUCCACAAUCACUACGACGCGACGAAGCAACCCUGCACGAAUGAACACAGGGCAGAAUAUGCCAUCUUAAAAUCCAAACGCGAAGCAGCCCAUCGUAUCCCGUCCGUUGUCCAUAUAGUUCCUCCUGCCCUCAGCCUGCAUCACCAUUGCGAUAAAACAACUGCUUCAGGCGAACCUCAACCCCAAUCUGGUCGGUUGCAGCUGUUUACAAUCGAGAGAGGGACAGAAUCAGCGUCGAAGAGAAGUGUUGCCCCAGGAUUAAACGGUAGUUCUACCUCGCUUCACAGCGCACAAGACGCAGCUCCUCCGAACCACGGUGAUAUUGCGCCUCAUUCCGUGAUGGAGGAAAAAGCGGAAUCAAGCACGAUGGCUGAUUUACCAUCCGCUCAAGGGCCAUCACCUCCGGUCUUAGCAUCUCUGCCUUCGGAUCUCUCCAGUCAUGGUCAAAUGUUCCACAAGGCCCUGGAUCGCUGUUAUUCCGAAGUUGUCGAGGCCAUGGGCGUGGAAAGAGCAGCUGCUGUUGAUGUUUCCGCCACUGGGGAUAUGACUUGUCACGCCGUGGAUGGGCCUGACCAGGAGCACAUUCUCCUAAUCAACCCGCGAGAUCCAGUACCACAUAGCCAGCAUCAAUCCCAGAAGAAGGCCGACAGUUUCGGCACGUUGCAUUCCAUGACUGACCAUGCUUUCGCUUUAACCAAGUCUAUGAGGAAGGCUGGGCUGGGUAAUCAAAAAGCAUCCUCUCCAGUGGCUAUCACAAAGGCUGGAGCAACCAAAAACAAAAGGCGACUGGUAUCAUCGACCGAGGGAAUACUAUCUGGGUCAUCUCGAGGGUCCAUCAAAUCGGUUCUGAAGGUCACGAAGCCGACUGUCGUGAUUCAAGACAAGAUGGUGGAUUCCAAGACAGCUAUGCCGCUCGGAUUGGAGCAGCAAUCUAGUGCAGACGGCGGACAGCGCUCAGCCCCGAACGACUCGGGAUCUCCAAACGUCCUACGAACGUCCGCGCCGAGAAGCAUCCUUAAAUCAUCCCUGCAGAAUUCGAUGAAAGCGCCUCUCCAGUCGAGCAACCCUGGCUUGUCAUCAUCGAGCAGGCAGGAUGCACAGCGGCAGCAAUUACUCAAAUUGGUCGAGAGCGACGCCGACUUUGAUCUGGAUGCUGCCAUAGACGAUCUAGGGUCUUUCCUGGGAACAUGGGACCAGGAAAAGGAAGCGUUCGCCACUGCUGCCACCACCACCUCUGGCUAG